AUGGCUAUGGUGUGUCUUUCAGACUUUGAAGCUUAUGCUAAAAAGCAUCUACCCAAGAUUGCUUGGGAUUAUUUUGCAGCUGGAGCAGAUGACUGUAGCACCCGAGAUGAAAACAUCCUGGCAUAUAAAAGAAUUCGUUUCCGGCCACGUAUGCUGCGGGAUGUAUCCAUGAUGGACAUUAGGACUAAGCUCCUGGGGACUGAAAUCAGCUUUCCUGUAGGAAUCGCCCCUACUGGCUUCCAUCAGCUAGCAUGGCCUGAUGGAGAGAAAAGCACAGCCAGAGCGGCCACAGCGAUGAAUAUCUGUUACAUUGCCAGCACAUACUCCACCUGUACAUUGGAGGAGAUCGCUGCAGCUGCCCCUGGCGGCAUCCGGUGGUUCCAGCUCUAUAUCCACUGCAACAGGGCAGUUUCCCAGCAGCUGGUUCAACAGGCAGAGGCCUUGGGCUUCCAGGGCCUUGUCCUCACCGCAGAUCUGCCCUACACGGGCAAAAGACGUGAUGAUAUCCGCAAUGGUUUCCGCCUUCCUCCCCACAUGAAACUGAAGAACUUGGAAGGAGCCUUUGAGGGGGUUGACUGUUCCGAGUACGGACUGCCACCCAACAGCUUGGAUCCUUCGGUCACCUGGAAUGAUAUCUAUUGGUUGCGGAGCCUGACCCACCUGCCCAUCAUCAUCAAAGGCAUCUUGACGAAAGAAGAUGCAGAGCUGGCAGUGAGACAUGGGGUUCAGGGAAUUAUUGUGUCCAAUCAUGGUGGAAGGCAACUAGAUGGAGGACCUGCCACUAUUGAUGCUCUGGUUGAGGUUGUGGAGGCAGUACAAGGCAAAAUCGAAGUCUAUUUAGAUGGUGGAAUACGAAAAGGAAGUGAUGUCUUAAAAGCACUGGCACUGGGAGCAAAAUGUGUCUUUAUUGGAAGACCAGCUUUAUGGGGUUUGGCUUACAAGGGUGAAGAGGGGCUUCAAGAUGUGCUGCGGAUUUUGCAGGAUGAGUUUCGUUUGUCAAUGGCCUUAGCUGGCUGUGCCAGCAUCUCAGAGAUUGGUCGACACCUAGUUCAGUUCUCAAAGCUGUGA